AUGCCGAUGCCGUCGAAACCGACAGACCCAGACCUGAAGCCAAGCACCAAGGCUGAAAGGCUCCGAAGGGCCAACAGUAAGGUGACGUUCUCACCACUGAAGGCCUCCUACCUUAAGGCUGCCACAGCCACUAAGGCCCAUUCAUCUACCGCCGCACCGCCGGCCAAGAAGACCGCCAUGGCCCCAUCGCGGCAAUCUCAGAAGCCGCGCCGAUCGGCCUCCAUGUCGCCGAAGCGACAAUGCACUUCGCCGACGCCCUCAUCAAGGCCGCCAGCAGCAACCACGCCUUUUUCAAGGCAGCCAGCCACGUCUUUAUCAAGGCCCUCAGCUCCGUCCUCGCCGAGGCCGGCCACCCCGCCGGCAACAUCAACAACCACGCCUUUCUCAAGGCAGCCAGCCGCGCCUUUAUCAAGGCUCUCAGCACCGUCCUCUCCGAAACAGACCACCCCGUCAGCGACAACCACAUCGUCAGCCAAGCCUCGCACCUUCCAAUGGCGCGUCGACGGACUACCAGCAGAGAACCUGAACCACAGGUUCCUGCUGAAGAUGCUCUGCACGACGGAAUUCGCAAUGAAUUUCAAUAGGGACUCGGAAACCCUUAAAAUUAGAGGACGGACUGUCUUCAUAAACAGCGCAGACGA